AUGUCCCAAGGUCACGAUAACAGUGCACUUGCUGAAUUGAUCAAACGAGAACGGGCGAACCUGAUUUCGAACGCUGUUCUCCAGCAUCUGAGACUGAAGGGGAAGCGUGUGGCGUUCGACGAGAAUGGCAAUCUUGUGGUUCAGCCCAUGCGGUUUGAUGACGAGUUGCUGUCGAGUCACGGCGGCAGAGAUGGCCAUCUGAACAAUAACUCGAACUCGCUGUCUGGCUCGCUGGGUCAGGAUUCACGAGAUUCGUCUUUGGAGAACUCAGACGAAGAGGAUGCUGAUGAUGAGGGAGGUGAUGAGGAGAAUGAGAAUUACGAUAAAGACGGGCCCAAGUCUUCGCUGAAGUCUGGUGGCAAGGAUAGGUUGGAUGUGCCGGGAGGAAGGUCGCUGCGCCAUUCUCAGCUGGCGCUUCUGGCUGCCAAUUUGCUGGCGUUGAAGAGGUUUCGGUCAUAUCCGCAUUCGUCCACAUCCAUGGGCGAGUCCCAGCUGCUUGAAGGGGCGUACUUUUCCCAUCAGAACUCACAGUUUAAUCUUCCUGAGUUCAACAAAAGACCUCUUACAGAUACUCCAAUCGUCUCGGGCGUGGCGUCGCCAGAAACCAGAGAACAGAGCGAAAGCGAAAGCGAAGACGUUCUGGCCAAAGAAGAUAAAAAGCAUCCCAAGAAUAUCUCCCACUUGAGCUUGGCUGAUUUAAAUGCUGUUUCUGCAGCUGUCGUUGAUGCCCUGCGUCCGCUGAGUGGUUCCAUAUCGCCAAAGUCCACCGCUCGUGGUGUCAAAACACAGCAUAUUCCUCCGCUAGAUUCCAAGGACACCGCCCAGGCGCCACCUGCUCCAGCAGACCCUCAAAUCAAACCAGACUUCACUGUCGAUCCUGUUGAGCAGGACAAACAGCAUGCCCAAGCCGAUAAACAACGCAAAGAAAAAAGCAUAGAAAAGAAAAAGAAAAAGGCUGACGCCAAGAUCCUCGCCGAAAUCAAAGAAAACCUUCUUCAAGAUAUCCCUCCAGAACUCCAGCAUCAAUUCGAAAAGUCUCCAUCCUUGGAACAACUAAAGAGCGUGCUUCUCCUGAGUCCAUUCCAUAAACUGAAAAAAGCAUAUACCCUUAAUAUCCCUGGUCAGACGUCGUCCAAGACUUCUCCUGACGGUCGCAUUGCUUCUGUUGAUGUUGGCUCCAAGUUGGUCAUUGUCAUGGUUGGUCUUCCCGCCAGAGGUAAAUCCUACAUCACCAAUAAGCUUACACGGUACUUGAACUGGCUUCAACACGACUGCAGAGUUUUCAAUGUGGGAAACACCAGAAGAAUGGAUAAAGAGAAUGUUCUAGGUCCAGCGCAGAAGCCUUUGCCUGAUACGAAUACUCCACUGCCUCACACUGGUAGGUCGCCUGAAACCAAGCCUUCUGCAUCUCAUAUGGCUGAUUUCUUCAAUCCAGAAAAUAAAGCAUCAAACGACCUUCGUGAAAAGUGGGCUAUGGAUACUCUAGAUAACUUGCUUAAUUGGGUCCUUGACGGUCCUGGCUCGGUGGGUAUUUUAGAUGCCACUAACUCCACCAAAAAGAGAAGAAUCAAGGUCCUUAAGAGAAUCCAGGAAAGGUCCAAGGGCGAGCUUAAGGUUCUUUUUAUGGAGAGCAUUUGUUCGGAUCCAGCUAUUCUUGACACAAACAUCAGACUCAAGCUUUCUGGACCUGAUUAUAAGGAUAUGGAUCCCGAAGUGGCCCUCAAGGACUUUGUGGGUAGAUUGAAGAAUUACGAAAGAGCAUACGAAACGAUUGACGAAUCAGAGGAGGAAAUUGAAGGGUUCCAGUACAUUAAGAUGAUUGACGUGGGAAAGAAGGUUGUCAGUUUCAACGUCCAGGGCUUCUUGGCGUCCCAAACUGUGUACUUCUUGUUGAACUUCAACUUGUGUGAAAGACAAAUCUGGCUUACACGUCAUGGUGAGAGUACAGAUAAUCUUAGUGGUCGUAUUGGUGGAGAUGCGUCUCUUACCAAGCGUGGUCAGCACUUCUCCAAGACCCUUACUCGUUUCUUGAACUACCAGCGUAAGGAAUUCAGAAAGAAGCAGCUCGAAAAGUUCUCUUCUCGUCUUGAGUUGCGUUUCAACGAGUUGGUUGACACCAAGAAGGGCACCAAGAACGGAAACGGUAAAGACAAGAAGACCAAGGUGGGCCAUAUCCCUACAGAACCAAGUUUCUGUGUUUGGACAUCGAUGUUGAUCCGUGCCGUUGAAACAGGAAGCUACUUUGACGAACUGGCGUAUCAUAUCAAGGCCAUGAGAAUGUUGAACGAGCUCGGUGGAGGUAAAUUCGAAGGCAUGACCUACGACGAGAUCAAGAACAACUACCCUAAGGAGUUUGAAGGAAGAAUCAAGAACAAGCUCACCUAUAGGUACCCCGGCGUGGGCGGAGAGUCUUACCUUGAUGUGCUUGUGCGUUUGCGUCCAGUGAUCAACGAGAUUGAAAGAACCACUGACCAUCUUUUGAUUCUUUCUCACCGUGUGGUGUUGCGUGUUCUUCUUGCGUACUUCCUCAACUUGGAUAAGUCAUCUAUUGUUGAUUUGGAUGUGCCUUUGCAUACUCUCUACUGUCUUGAGCUGAAGCCUUAUGGUACUGAGUACGCCAUGUACGAGUACGACGAGCAAGCUGACUGGUUUAAGAAGGUUGAGCCUGAACACCAGAAGAACGUCAGAGAAGUGGGUGUUAAUUUCCGUGAAAGGAAGUACUCUGUCAUUCCUACCGCUCCUCCAAGUUCCAGCAACCAAAGAAGAACAACUGUUGCGAGAACUCGAGAUGGUAAAGAGAUUGGUAUUCCUCCUCCCAAGGCUCCAGGCGGUACUUCUCUUCGAAAGAGUAUCAGUCUUGGCGGUGGAGAAGGUACAAAUGAACCACAAGUGCCUACUCCAUUUACAGAAGGUGUGAGGGUGAACUCGUCGAGCUCGAGGAAACUCGCUGAUUUGAAUAAGAUGAGGAAACCCGGCGCCAGCAAGACCUAG